AUGUUGAGGUACCUCGCUACAGGUUCGUUUUUGUUGUGUGUUUCUGACUUCGCUGGAGUCAGUGAAUCAUCAGCCUGUCGUUACGUUCACCAAGUUUGCAGAGCCAUAGCGAGGCAAAGGCUAAAUUUCAUUUCAUUCCCAACUAAUGACGUUGAUGAAAAGAGGAUAGUCAAUGAAUUUUACAGACUAAGUAGAUUUUCAAGGGUAGUAGGAGCUGUUGAUUGCACCCACAUACAAAUUCAGUCACCAGGUGGAGAUAAUGCAGACAUUUUUAGAAACCAGAAAGGUUGGUUUUCUAUCAAUAUCCAAUGCGUCUGUAAUCCAUGGCUCAAAAUUAAGGACAUAGUGGCGCGAUGGCCAGGAUCAUGCCACGAUCAAAUAAUUUUUGAUAACUCUAAUGUUAAACAUACAUUUGAGACAGGAGUCAUAAAAGGCUACAUCUUAGGUGACGGUGGCUAUGAAGUUAAGCCCUACCUUAUGACUCCUAUUCUCAAUCCUACCACACGAAGCCAGCAAUUGUAUAAUGAGAGCCACAUCAGGACAAGAAAUGUAAUUGAAAGAUGUUUUGGUGUUAUGAAAAGGAGAUUCCCCGUUCUCAGUAAAGGAUUAACAGUAGACUUGAAAAAUACACAAGCAAUAAUAGUUGUAUGUGCUGUUCUACAUAAUGUUUGUAUUUAA